AUGGCCCCCAACUCCGUGCUCCCCGUCGCCCUCCAGAACAAAUUGAUGUCCGCCCGCAAAUCCUCCUCAGGCAUCGUCUCUUCAUCAAGUUUUAACCUGGUUCGCAAUGUCGUUUUCUUGGUUUUCCUCCUCCGCAUUGCCCGAAAAACUUUCUACACCCUCCGCGGCCACGGUAUUCUAGGCUCCAUCUUCAAUGCCGGCGCCUACGUACGCCUGGUGCUCUACUCUUUAUUCCUUCGCACCCCUGGUGUCCGCAGUAAGGUUGAUAAGCAAAUCGCUGCCGCUAUUUCUAAAAUGGAAGCCAAGAUCGCCCCCGAAACUCCGGGUAUCCCCAAGAACACUAGCCUGCCGAAACUGGGCUGGAGCCAUGACCGGAUAUGCGAAGAGUUGGAUAAACUGGCUGGCAUGGACCAUACAGAAUGGGAAGAAGGGAGAGUCAGUGGUGCUGUCUACCAUGGCGGUGAUGAACUGGUCAGUUUGCAGACUGCCGCUUUCGGCCAGUUUGCAGUUGCCAAUCCUAUUCACCCUGAUGUGUUUCCCGGUGUAAGGAAAAUGGAGGCGGAGGUUGUGGCGAUGGUGCUUGCGCUUUUCAAUGCGCCGCAAGGCGGUGCUGGUGUGACUACCAGCGGUGGCACGGAGUCCAUUCUCAUGGCUUGCUUGUCUGCCAGACAGAAAGCAUACGUUGAACGAAGAGUAACUGAGCCAGAAAUGAUCAUCCCUGACACCGCCCACGCCGCCUUCAACAAAGCCUGCCAUUACUUCGGCAUAAAACUCCACAGCGUCCCCUGCCCCCCCCCAGACUACAAAGUCCACAUCCCCUCCGUCCUCCGCCUCAUCAACCCAAACACAAUCUUGCUCGUCGGCUCCGCCCCAAACUUCCCCCACGGCAUCGUAGACGACAUCCCCGCCCUCUCCUGCCUGGCCCUCAAUUACAAAAUCCCUCUCCACGUCGACUGCUGCCUAGGCUCCUUCGUCAUUUCCUUCCUCAAACGCGCCGGCUACCCAUCCCCCUACGAGGAAGAGGGUGGCUUCGACUUCCGCCAACCCGGCGUCACCAGCAUCAGCGUCGACACGCACAAAUACGGCUUUGCGCCCAAGGGUAACUCCGUCAUCCUCUACCGCAACCGCAAGCUGCGCAGCUACCAAUAUUUCAUACACCCCGACUGGUCUGGUGGCGUCUACGCAUCCCCUUCCAUCGCCGGGUCACGUCCCGGCGCACUCAUUGCAGGCUGCUGGACAAGUCUCAUGGCCAUGGGCGAAUCGGGAUAUGUCAACAGCUGCCACCAGAUCAUCUCCGCCACGCGCACUUUCGAGCAAGCCAUUCGCGAACACCCUGUGCUCUCCUCUUCGCUCAAAAUCAUCGGAAAACCCUUAGUCAGCGUCGUAGCGUGGGAGUCGAAAACGCCCGAUAUAAACAUCUAUGAUAUUGCAGAUGCGCUUGCGGAUAAAGGGUGGCAUCUGAAUGCACUGCAGUCGCCGCCGGGGAUGCAUGUGGCAUUUACGGUGCCCACUGCUGCGGCUGUGGAGAGGCUUGUGGCGGAUCUUGUGGCUGUUGUUGAGCGGGAGAAAGAGAAGGUGGCGGAGCAGAAGAGGAUGGGGCAGAAGGUUGAGAAACACAGGGGGGAUACGUCGGCGUUGUAUGGGGUUGCGGGCAGUAUUCCGGAUAAGAGUAUAGUUAAUAGGUUUGCGGAGGGGUUUUUGGAUACGUUGUAUCUUGCUUGA